UAUAUGUUGGGCGGAUUGAGUAUUCUAGGCCAUUCCAAGAAAAUAAUCCAGAGGGCAGCCCACGAUGUCAUCUGUCUACAACCCGGAAAGGGACAACGCCGACAAACGGUGCGGGGAACCUCGUCUGGAACUUCGUCUUUGUCCUUAUUAAUCCCAUCCCACAAGAAUGAAAAUUUCCAGAAAUCACCAAACAAUUCACCCCCCGCCUAUAAAUUCCUCAUUGUCUAUCCCUUUCCCCACGACUUUCUUCAUCAGCAAACGUCUCGAUAUUCAAGAAAAUCAGAGAUAAUCACUGCAAAUUCUCUACAACAUGGCUCUGAUUCCGAGCUUCUUCACCGGCCGCCGGAGCAACGUUUUCGACCCAUUUUCUCUCGAUCUCUGGGACCCCUUUGAGGGCUUACCUUUCUCCUCUGCCGUGGCCAACCUCCCUUCCUCCGCCCGGGAAACCACAGCCGUCGCCAACACUCGCAUCGACUGGAAGGAGACGCCGGAGGCCCACGUCUUCAAGGCGGAUCUUCCGGGCCUGAAGAAGGAGGAAGUGAAAGUGGAAGUGGAGGACGGGAGAGUCCUGCAAAUCAGCGGGGAGAGGACGAAGGAACAGGAGGAGAAAACCGACACUUGGCACCGGCUGGAGAGGAGCAGCGGGAAGUUCCUCCGCCGCUUCAGGCUGCCGGAGAAUGCGAAGAUGGAUCAGGUGAAGGCCACGAUGGAAAACGGGGUUCUUACGGUUGUCGUGCCCAAGGAGGAAGAGAAGAGGCCUGAGGUUAAGGCAAUCGACAUCGCAGGUUGAAUGAUCUUGUGAUUUUCUGUCAAAUCUCACUUUGUAAUUAGGUGUAGAAGCAAAUAAUUAAGUCACUGUUAAUGUGUGUGUGUAUGUGUGUGUAGUGUAACACUGUUGGUGGUUGUGGAUGUUUUGCAUGUAAAUCAAAAUCAAUAAUGUUCUUGUGUUGAUAUAUAUAUAUAUAUAUAUAUAUAU